AUGGGUCCUUUCGGCCGGGCGCACUCGUGGGGCAUCAGUGCAGCGUAUUCCGUCUUCCUCGCCCACUACAUCAGAUCCGACACAUUCCCCGGCACAAGUGCGCUUGUCUACGCUGCGAUCGGCUCCCUCAACAUAGGCAUCACCCUCGUCAUGUCACCACCGGCCACGAUCAUGGCGCGCGAGUUAGGGACCAGGCCCACGAUGCUCCUCGGGGCAGUCUUACAGUCUGCUAGUCUCGUAUGCGCGAGCUUUUCGACUAGAGUAUGGCACCUCUCUCUCUCACAAGGCUUGCUCUUCGGCGUCGGCAUGGGACUGCUGUUCUUGCCUUCAUACGGCAUCGUAGCCCAAUGGUUCACCACCCGGCGCGCUCUAGCCAACGGCGUCGCGAUUGCAGGCGCAGGGCUGGGCGGCUUGACGUACUCGCUUGCCGUGGGCGCCAUGAUGGACAGUAUGGGACUACCCUGGGCCUAUCGCGUUCUCGCCAUCGUCUCCGGCAUAGCGAACGUCGUUUCAAUUCUUCUUAUCCGGACGCGCUAUGAAGAGAAUAGAGCCAAACGGUUGGCUCUGGAUGUCUCUCUGUUCAAGAGGGUGGAUUAUCUCCUGAUUCUGGGCUUUGGCGCGUUCAGCAUGCUUGGAUACUUCAUUCUCAUCUUCGCACUAGCAAACUACGCAAACGUCAUCGGCUUGGACCCCUCUCAGGCUUCCCAAGUCUCGGCGGUCUUCAUGCUCGGUCAGGCGGUAGGACGCCCCGCCAUCGGAUGGCUGAGCGAUCGGUUCGGGCGUAUCAACGUCACGUUACUGAUGACUUUGGUAACAGGGAUACUCUCCCUUGUUUUCUGGGUCAACGCAAAGUCGUUUGAGGCGUUGGUCACGUUUGCUUUUGUCGUGGGCCUUCCCGCCGGGGUUUUCUGGGUUAAUGCGGCGCCUGUGAUUGCUGAGGUUCUGGGUACGGAGAAUCUGGCGUCCGGUCUGAGCCUGUUGUGGUUGGUGAUGGUUGUUCCUUCGACGGUGAGUGCGCCUGUCGCGCUGGCGAUAUACAUGAGGACGGGAACGUAUCUUGGGGCUCAGUUGUUCACGGGAUUCACAUUUCUUGCUGCUGCGGCUUGCGUUGUUGUUUUACGCCAAUAUCAGAUCAGAACCCAAAGGAAGGCUUUAGGAUCCAACCCCGAUUCUUCGGAAGAAGAUGGAACAGAAACUCCAAGCUUUAGGAGGAGCAAGGGUCUAAGGGGAGUAUCUACUUGUUGGAAGGUGGUGUGA